AUGACGGAGUCAUCUGAUCGCGAUAAACAACGUCAAAUUCUAUAUGAUCAAGGCUGGUCCGUUGUUUAUGGUGAUCUUAUCAACGAAUGGGAUCUAAUUACUGGCAUCGCUUCUAUUCCCUUCGGCGCUACUGGUGCCUGGUUCUCGGAACAGCUUCAAGCUCAAUUAUUGAAAUUUCAACAAAGCUUAGGUGACGUCUCUGACGAUAUCGUCGAACAGGCAAGAACCUACCUAAAAAAUCUAUGGCAACGCAGAAGGGUCGACGAGGCAAACUUCGAUGGGUUAGGGGUCAAAGUUGGAAUCCUCACGUAUCAUCGUCGGCUGAAAGCCUUUGGGGGAUGGACAAAAAUUCCCAAUAAUUAUCAGCAGUAUAUGGCUCUGCGCAUUACCAAAGCCUUACCAGGGAAAGGGGUCCUUAGCACCACUGGCAAGGCUGUGCAAGGAUUCAUUCUUCAGACUGGCACAGGAUUACACGAGACAGAUAACACGUUCGAGUUUGCUGUGGGUGACUGGAAUGGAGAUGGACGACCUGAUUUGUUUGCUGUUAAAAAGAGCAACACCGGCUCGAAGAGUACCGAAGUUCACAUUCUCUCCGGUGCUUCCAACUUCCAGUCGUUUAUUCUUCAGACUGGCACAGCAUUACACGAGACAGAUGACACAUUUGAGUUUGCUGUGGGUGACUGGAAUGGAGAUGGACGACCCGACUUGUUUGCUAUCAAAAAGAGCAACACCGGCUCGAAAAGUACUGAAGUCCACAUUCUCUCUGGUGAUUCCAACUUCCAGUCGUUUAUUCUUCAGACUGGCACAGCAUUACACGAGACAGAUGACACAUUUGAGUUUGCUAUAGGUGACUGGAAUGGAGAUGGACGACCUGAUUUGUUUGCCGUUAAAAAGAGUAAUACAGACUCGAAGAGUACCGAAGUCCAUAUUCUCUCUGGUGCUUCUAACUUCCAGUCGUUCAGUCUUCAGACUGACACAGCAUUACACGAGACAGAUAACACGUUCGAGUUUGCUGUGGGUGACUGGAAUGGAGAUGGACGACCUGAUUUAUUUGCCGUUAAAAAAAGCAACACCGGCUCGAAAAGUACCGAAGUCCACAUUCUCUCUGGUGCUUCCAACUUCCAGUCGUUUAUUCUUCAGACUGGCACAGCUUUACACGAGACGGAUAACACAUUCGACUUUGCUGUAGGUGAGUGGAAUAGUGAUGGGCGGCCCGACUUGUUUGCGAUCAAAAAGAGCAACACCGGCUCGAAAAGUACCGAGGUCCAUAUCAUCUCGCCCUAA